AUGGAUCACACAUACGGCAUCAGACUUGGACAAAAUCCAAAUACCUGGAGUCCAUAUCCAACAGGUGCUCCUGAUAUCAAGCUUGGAGAAAAUCCAAAUACCUGGAGUCCAUAUCCAAUAGGUGCUCCUGGUAUCAGGCUUGGAGAAAAUCCAAAUACCUGGAGUCCGUAUCCAAUAGGUGCUCCUGAUAUCAAGCUUGGAGAAAAUCCAAAUACCUGGAGUCCAUAUCCAAUAGGUACUCCUGGUAUCAGGCUUGGAGAAAAUCCAAAUACCUGGAGUCCAUAUCCAAUAGGUACUCCUGGUAUCAGGCUUGGAGAAAAUCCAAAUACAUGGAGUCCAUAUCCAAGAGGUGCUCCUGGUGCCGGCGGCGCAUAUGGUUACAGCUACUUCUGA